UACGUACAUUUUUUUAGACAAUUGAUGUUAUGUUAUGUUAGUUACAGUAGUGUCAAUGGUCAGGGAAAGUCAGACGAAACUGAAGCUGACUAUUUUAUUUUUCUAUGGCAAUAUCUCAACAAUUUCGGCAAAUAUUGGUGCAUGCGGUUGGAUCGAGAACGAAUGAAUGAAUGAAUGGUUGACUGUGGCUGGCUGGUUGGCUGACAACAGCCAAAGAAGAGUAUACAAGCAAAGUAAAGUAUGGCAAAAUCUAUACAACACUACGACCUUGCAAUGCCCUUGAAUGACACUGUUGUGUGCGCAAAGCAGAGCAGAGAAGCGCAAAAUAAUACCGAACACAACAACAAUUUACAAUUUAGUGAGCAGAACAGAGGGAGAAUUGAACAGCCAAAACAGAGCCCGAAUACAGAAAGAACAUUGUGCGGCGGCAAAUUCCCAAUACGGGCCACCGUAAAACAUUUGUAUGGCGGGCGGCUACCAGACUCAUACGAACGUGCGGCCAAAAAUAUUCGGUGGUGUAUGACAACAAUUAUUACAAGAACAAUUCGACGAAACAAGCAAAAAUUAAAAUUCGCGAAUUACAUCCUCUGCAAACUGAAAGAGAGGGAGAGAAAACACUUUAAAAAAAUCACAACAAAAAUAUUUUGUGCUGGUCAUCCUAGUGCUAAGGGAAAGUGUGUCACAUACACCGAAAGGACAUCAAAGGUUGUCCAGGUUCUGAGAGAAGAGAAAGAGCACCAUAUCUCAACUCGCCUUCAAAUAGGAGAGCCAUCAUCGUUGCCGCUGUCAUCUGGCAAAGAGCGCGUGUACGCGCAUAAUUUGUUUAAGAAUUAACACAAAAACGCCAGAUCUCGGAGAUGGGUGGUGCGAUUUAAGCCAAAUUUGUGCUCUCUUAUAGUUACCUAAAUACAAAAAUUCGGUAUCCAAAUUUCGG